AUGUUAACCAACAUUUUAUUAAUAUCCUCAGUAUUAGUAUUAAGUACAGCAAUUCAGCUUAAAGUUGGACCCCAAACAUUUACUGACCAGCAAUCUUCCCUACAACCUCAGAAGCCUGAAAAAAGAUAUAUAAAUAAUCAGGAAAUUAAGUACUACAUCCCACUUGGACUCAAUAAUGCUCAAAAUAUAAGAGGAGAGAACCAACAAUUAAGUCAACCACGAUUUGAAAGGCCUCUAUUACCUUUUAUUAAAAUUUCGCCUUCUGGGGAGUUACAGUUUCAAAACGUUGAGCAAGUUCAAAGUCCAUUAGUACAAAAUGAAAAACCCAAAAAUGAUGAUUCCCAGGAAGGUUUGGAAUUUUUAAGAUCCUUCUUAGAACAAAAGAAUAAACAACAAUAUCAGUUUGUAAAGUAUGAACAAGGAAACCAAGAGGAAAAACGGAUCAAUCCUUUCGUUCAGUACUCUAACAAGGAACAGGAAGAAAAUAAUUUGAGUGAACAAAUUCAACAGCAAUUAAAGCGUAUUGUGGAAAACAAUCGACUUCAUUUAAAGGCUUUGUCAAGCGAUUCUGAAGAAAAUAAUUAUAGAAAAGCUAUCCAAUCUGAACAGGUUCAACAAUCAAACAACCAAAGGGAACAAGAAAACGAUAGUGUAAGGAAAGAAAUUGAGAAUAUCUUACGGGCUCGAGCCAACUCUGGCGUAGAAAAACAGAACCAGGAAGAGGAGGAAUCCAAUUACCAGAAGUCACCUUUCUUCAUUCACAGGUUGGUCAGGGUAACCAAGCAUCAUCCAGUGAACAUUGUUAAACAAGUGAAGGUACCUGUUCCUACUCCAGUAUUGGUCCCUGUUCCUGAACCUUAUGAAGUCAAAGUUCCACAACCUUAUCACGUUCCUGUUGAGAUUAUAAGGCAUAUUCCCAUCCCUAUUGUAUUUUGUUUUAUAGCUUUAUUUGCAGUGGGGCUAGCAAAACCAAAGCCCCAAGAUUUCGGUAAAAGGUAUGUAAGUCAAGAGCUAAGCUUAUACCUGACACCCGAAGAAGUAAAAUCUUUACAAGCAAUUAGGGCAUCUCAAAAUUUAAGAUUCGCAAACGGUAAUGCCAAGCAGGUACAAGUAAAGGAGUCUAAUGAAGGACUUCAGAAGUAUUUUGAUCCUCAAAUUCAGUCAGUACCUUCUGAUGAACCACAGGUUAAAAAUUUCGCUCCACAAGGAGUCUUAUUGCAGCAAGAGAAAAAUUUUAAUGAAAAUUUGAAGAAUAAAAAUAUCGCAUACAUCUAUUUAGUAAAAGAAAAAGAUCAAAGCAAUUCGAACAGUCAACAAUCACAAAAUAUCCAGAAAGAGUCUGAGAAGCAAGAAAAUCAAGUUAAAAUAAAUUCUAAUGCUUCUCCGUAUGUUCCCGUUUCUUACAAAAACCAAGAAGAAAAACUUCUUCACGAACAACUCGCCCAACAUUGGAAUAGACUUUUAGAACAUAAUCGCGCUCAGUUGAAGAGCUUAUCUGUGGCACAGAAAGAGUCCCGCGCUGAAAAUGAAAAGCAGAUAAUCAAAUCUGACAAACAAGAGAUUCCUAUUAAUCAAGAACAGAAGGUUGUUAAGAUUGAAGAUCAAGAACAAAUAAACGCUGAAAAUGAAAAAGCAGAAGUUGAAAGGGAAAUUGAAAGCAUUCUAAGGAAUCAUCAAGAUUUUAAUUCUAAACAAUUGAUUCCACGCGGCAGUCAAAGCCCUCCUAUUCUAAUUCACAGACAGGUUAGCAUUACAAGACAUCAUCCCAUACCAGUUUACAAACAAGUGAAGGUUCAAGUACCAACUCCUGUACUGGUUCCAGUUCCGGAGCCUUACGCAGUAAGAGUUCCACAACCAUACCCUGUACCCCUCGAGGUAGUCAAGCACAUUCCUGUCCCAGUUAUUAAAAACCAAUAUUGA